AUACGAGUUAGCCCAAAUCGACAUCCAUAUACGAAACAAAAAUAAAGUGGUGAUAGAGGAAGCUGAGUAGCAUGGUUCCCAGAAAGUAACGAGUGCGGAGGGAAAAGGCAAAUAGUACGUUCACUCACAAUCAACUACCGUCAUUACAGCGUUUGAAUAAAAAACCCGAAUUAAAUAAAGUAAGUGUUGGUUCAUUUAUUUUAAUUUAAUUGGUUCAUUUUAGGGAGAAUUUUUGUUCCCGCGUGUUUUGAGCACCAACUGUUUGUUAAAAUAACCCAACUAGUUUUAGGCAAAAUGUUAAUUCUCCAAACCGCUAUUGUGCAUGGAAGCUUCUCACCUUUCCGUAAAACAAAAGUUUAUUCAAGUCAUGAAUCUUUUUCUCAUUCACAAAGUUUGUCUUAUUCCACAAUAUCUACCCAUCAUAUUGUAAAGCCUGUAUCAAUAUCAUGCUCUGUUUCAACAAACUCUAGUUCAAAACCCGAACCAGAAUUUAAUUCUAGCUCCAAACUGAGACAAAAAAAUAAGGGAAAAAAUCCCCAAACUGAAGAUGUUGUAUCCAUUAAUGAUGGCGAUAUAAAUUCUGAGGAUGUUUUCCCAACAACGAUUCCAAGGAAGCCAAGGCGCGGUCGUAAAAGUGAGGUAAUGAAAGUGGAAGAUUUUGUACGCGGCAGACUUGAGAACACGUUUGCUGCAAUUCGACAACAAAAUGCGAAUGCUUUGGAGAAUCAUGAAGAUAUAAUGAAGGAUGGUGUUCAUGAUGAUUCUAAAUUGAAAAAAAGCGAUGAUGAUAGUGAUGAGGAGGAAGAGGAAGAAGAUGGUGGUGGUGAAAAGAUGGUGAUUGAGGAAGAAAGUGAGAGCUGGCCGUUGGAUACGGAUGUUGGGUGGGGAGUUAGAGCUUCAGAGUAUUUUGAGAAGCAUCCGAUUAAGAAUGUUGUGGGAGACGAUGGUGUUGAAAUUGAUUGGGAAGGGGAGACUGAUGAUAACUGGGUGCAGGAGAUCAAUUGUUUGGAGUGGGAGAGUUUUGCUUUUCAUCCUAGCCCUUUGAUUGUCCUUGUCUUUGAACGCUAUAAUAGGGCAACUGAUAACUGGAAAAAUUUGAAAGAGCUUGAGAAAGCAAUAAAAGUGUACUGGAGUGCUAAAGAUCGGUUACCUCCCCGGGCGAUUAAGAUAGACAUUAACAUCGAGAGAGACUUGGCUUAUGCCCUGAAAGUUCGAGAAUGUCCUCAAAUUUUAUUUUUGCGUGGGAAUAAGAUCGUAUACAGGGAGAAAGAACUCAGAACUGCAGAUGAGCUGGUUCAGAUGAUUGCAUUUUUCUAUUACAAAGCAAAGAAGCCUGCGUGGAUAGAUGAUAAGGCCUUGUAUUUACGUUAUUAAUUGAUUUUUCAAGAAUGUCACACGACCCUUGUCAUGCAGAAGUGUUAAACUAUAAUAAUGAUGAAAUAUAAUAACUAUGCACCAAUAUUUAUAUAUUGUAUUGUACCAUGUA